GCUGUGACAAGAGACGGAUACGCGCAGUCGGCGGAGACUCCUCCCCAGAGCUUAGCGAGUGGGGCCUGUGGAGCGGACAGGAUGCCUGGACUAAGUUGUAGAUUUUACCAGCAUAAAUUUCCAGAAGUAGAAGAUGUGGUUAUGGUCAACGUCCGGUCCAUUGCAGAAAUGGGAGCCUAUGUUAGCCUUCUGGAAUAUAACAAUAUUGAGGGUAUGAUUCUACUCAGUGAGCUGUCCAGGAGACGUAUCCGUUCUAUAAACAAACUCAUCCGAAUUGGCAGAAAUGAAUGUGUCGUCGUCAUAAGGGUUGAUAAAGAGAAAGGUUAUAUUGACUUGUCGAAAAGAAGAGUUUCCCCAGAGGAGGCAGUUAAAUGUGAAGACAAAUUCACCAAAUCAAAAACUGUUUACAGCAUCCUUCGCCAUGUUGCUGAGGUUUUAGAAUAUACAAAGGAUGAACAACUGGAGAGCCUGUUCCAGAGAACUGCUUGGGUAUUUGAUGACAAGUAUAAGAGGCCGGGAUAUGGUGCAUAUGACGCCUUCAAGCAUGCAGUUUCGGAUCCCGCAAUCUUGGAUGGACUGGAUCUAACAGAAGAUGAGAAGCGCGUGCUCAUUGACAAUAUUAAUAGGCGUCUGACACCACAAGCCGUCAAAAUUCGAGCAGAUAUUGAAGUUGCUUGUUAUGGCUACGAGGGUAUUGAUGCAGUGAAAGAAGCUCUGAGAGCUGGCCUGAGCUGUUCUACAGAGAGCAUGCCCAUUAAAAUAAAUCUGAUAGCUCCUCCUCGAUAUGUGAUGACCACUACAACGCUGGAGAGGACUGAAGGCCUUUCUGUCCUCAGCCAAGCCAUGAUUGUCAUCAAAGAAAAGAUUGAAGAGAAGAGGGGCGUCUUCAAUGUACAGAUGCAACCCAAGGUGGUUACUGACACUGAUGAGACUGAGCUGGCAAGACAACUGGAAAGGUUGGAGCGUGAAAAUGCUGAAGUGGAUGGAGAUGACGAUGCCGAGGAGAUGGAAGCAAAAACUGAAGACUAAAUUGCCUGGGGUGAAAGUAUAGAGUGGCAAUUCUAGGGAUACACACCAAACCAGUGAAGACACAUUCAACUGACAAGGUGUCUGAUAUUGAAAACUCCACAAGAGAAAGACUUGAUUUUCAAGUUUUUUAAUGCGACCAAAUUUUGAAGAGACAUGAAACCAUCUACUACAACGUGCUGCUUAAUUUCCUCAAAGGGAAGGUCCUCUCACUGAAGAUUUAAUUCCCCUCCCCCUAAUAAACCGAGCAUUGUCUGAAAGCUGUCCUUAAUAUUUUCAUAUCUAACGAUUCCAGAUUGGCAACCAUUCAGUAUGUCUGUCAGUGAGGUUUGUGAGAAUUAAACCAACAUUCCUCCACAGACUGUACUCAAGCGGAUACUCAAUAAAUUUCUUGGAUAUUUA